AUGGUUCCAGAAAUUUCACAAUUACCAAGAUUGUCAGAUCAAUUAGAAGAAGCCAAGAGAAAGGCAGCAUACCGUGCAAUUGAUGAGAAUAUUGAUUUUGAAAAUCAUAAAAUAAUCGGUAUAGGUAGUGGUAGUACUGUUGUUUAUGUUGCGGAAAGGUUAGGACAAUAUUUAAAAGAUGAAAAAUAUGCCUCUAAGGUUUCUCAAUUCAUUUGUAUACCAACUGGAUUCCAAUCAAAAAAAUUAAUCUUAGAUAAUGGAUUACAAUUGAGUAAUAUGGAAUUAUAUUCUCAAUUAGAUAUUGCAUUUGAUGGUGCUGAUGAAGUGGAUUAUAAUUUACAGUUGAUUAAAGGUGGUGGAGGUUGUUUGUUCCAAGAAAAAUUGGUCAGUUCCAAUGCUAAGAAAUUCAUUAUUGUUGCUGAUUAUAGGAAAAAAUCUCCAAAAUAUCUAGGAACUAAUUGGGUUCAAGGUGUACCAAUUGAAGUUGUUCCAUCUGCUUAUGUUUCUGUUUGUAAAGAUUUAGAAAAUAAAUUAGGUGCAAAGAAGGCUGUAUUGAGAGAAUGUAAAGGUGGUAAAGCCGGACCAGUUGUUACUGAUAAUAAUAAUUUUAUUAUUGAUGCUGAUUUUGGAACCAUCGAGGAUCCAAAACAAUUACAUAAAGAUAUUAAACUAUUAGUUGGUGUCAUUGAAACAGGGUUAUUCAUUGAUAAUGCCGCUAAGGUUUACUUUGGUAAUGAAGAUGGUUCCGUUGAACUUGUUUCAAAAUAA